CUUCCCGGGGCUGGGAUAACCCCAUCCCAGCCUCCCUCCCGCCGCGAUGGAGCGAGCCGGGCCCUCGGGGAGGGCUCCUUCGCGCUCUCGGUAGGGCUCUGCCCCAGCCUCACCUUUUCGCGCUGCCGUGCUGCCGGCUUGGCUUUAGCCCGUCCUUUCCCUAUGGCUGGGAUAUACAGCUCUACUCUGAAGACCCUGGAGGAUCUGACUUUGGACUCUGGUUAUGGGGCAGGGGAUUCCUGCAGGUCCCUUAGUCUCUCCUCUUCCAAGUCCAACUCGCAAGCCUUCACCUCUUCUCAGCACAGAGGCAACUGGUGGUACUACUCGGGCUCCAUGAACAGUAGGAACAACAGCUGGGAUACCGUGAACACCGUUCUGCCGGAGGACCCCGAGGUCGCGGAUAUCUUCUCCAAGUGCCCUAAGCUGCCUGACCUAGAGGAGUACCCGUGGGCCGAUGAAGACAUCGGCAGGAUCCUGCGCAAAGGGAAGGGAGAUGGCCACGGCAGGAGCUUUUCCCAGGACGCUGUCAGGAGGCUCUCGCAGCUGCUGCGGCGCGCCCUGAUCAGGGUGUCCAGGGAGGCUCAGCGGCUCAGCGUGAUGCACUCCAAGUGCACCAGGUUCGAGGUGCAGAGCGCCAUCAAGCUCAUCCAGAGCUGGUCCCUGUCGGAAAGCUGCGUGCUGGCCACCGUCAAGGCUCUGUCCCUGUACAGCAUGAGCGCGGGAGACGGGCUGAGGAAAGGGAAGUCCGCCAGGUGCGGCCUCACCCUCUCGGUGGGGAGGUUUUUCAGGUGGAUGGUGGACACGAGGAUCUCGGUGAGGAUCCACGAGUACGCGGCCAUCUCCCUGACGGCUUGCAUGGAGAACCUGGUGGAAGAGAUUAAGGGUAGGGUUCUGGCGAGCCAGAGCCCGGACGGCGGCGGGGAGAUCUCUGCCGAGGUGCUGGAGAUGGUUAUCAACAACGACGCCGAACUCUGGGGAGUGUUGCAGCCUUACGAGCAUCUCAUCUGUGGGAAAAACGCGAAUGGUGUGCUGUCCCUCCCUGCCUAUUUCAGCCCCUACAACGACGGCUCGGUGUGCAGCGACGGCCGGGCCGACGCGUACGCCCAGCUGGAACUGCGGACCCUGGAGCAGUCCCUGCUGGCAACGUGUGUUGGAAGCAUCUCUGAACUGAGUGAUUUGGUGUCACGAGCGAUGCACCACAUGCAGUGCUUGAACACCAUCCGGCCCGGGAUGAGCCCCGUGCGGCAGAGCCGGCAGCAGCAGCCCAUCUCCUGGUCCCCUGAUGCUCUCCACACCCUCUACUACUUCCUACGCUGUCCCCAGAUGGAGUCCAUGGAGAACCCCAACCUGGACCCUCCUCGGAUGACCCUGAGCAACGAGCGCCCCUUCAUGCUGCUGCCCCCGCUGAUGGAGUGGAUGAGAGUGGCCAUCACCUACGCCGAGCACCGGCGCAGCCUGAGCGUGGACAGCGAUGACAUCAGGCAGACGGCCAGGCUGCUCCUGCCCGGGCUGGACUGCGAGCCCAGGCAGCUCAAACCCGAGUGCUGCUUUAGUUCCUUCCGGAGGCUGGAUGCUAAGGCUGCUACUGAGAAGUUCCAGCAGGACCUGGGUUUCCGGAUGCUGAACUGCGGGAGGACGGAUCUGAUCAACCAAGCCAUCGACGCGCUGGGGCCCGACGGGGUGAACACCAUGGAUGACCAGGGUAUGACCCCCCUCAUGUACGCCUGUGCUGCUGGAGAUGAAGCCAUGGUCCAAAUGCUGAUAGAUGCUGGAGCAAAUUUAGAUAUAACAGUUCCCAGCUCCUCUCCUCGACACCCCUCGGUGCACCCCGACAGCCGCCACUGGACUGCCCUCACCUUGGCCGUGCUGCACGGGCACAUCUCCGUGGUCCAGCUGCUCUUGGAUGCUGGUGCCCAGGUUGAGGGCUCUGCUGUGAACACUGGAGAGGACAACUACGCCGAGACGCCCCUCCAGCUGGCCUCGGCUGCAGGGAAUUACGAGUUGGUGAGUUUGCUGCUAAGCAGGGGUGCAGAUCCCCUCCUGAGCAUGCUGGAAGUCAAUGGAAUGUCCUCAUCUCUGCACGAAGACAUGAAUUGCUUCAGCCACUCAGCAGCUCACGGGCACAGGAACGUCCUGCGCAAGCUGCUGACCCAGCCCCAGCAAGUGAAGGGAGAUGUGCUCUCCCUGGAGGAGAUUUUGGCUGAGGGGGUGGAGAGUGACACCUCCAGCCAGGGCAGCUCCAGUGAGGGCCAGGUCAAGCUCUGCAAGACAAGGAUGAAGGCUCUGCAGGAGGCCAUGUACUACAGCGCUGAGCACGGCUACGUGGACAUCACCAUGGAGCUCAGGGCGCUGGGGGUUCCCUGGAAGCUCCACGUGUGGAUCGAGUCCCUACGGACAACCUUCUACCAGUCCCGCUACUCCGUGGUACAGACCCUCCUCAGGGAGUUUGUCACCAUCAAAGAGGAGGAUUACAAUGAAGAACUGGUUAAUGAAGGCUUGCAGCUCAUGUUUGAUAUCCUCAAAACCAGCAAAAAUGAUUCCAUCAACCAGCAGCUUGCAUCCAUCUUCACCCACUGCUACGGGAGCAGCCCGAUCCCCAGCAUUCCUGAAAUCCGGAAGACGCUGCCAGCUCGCCUAGAUCCUCACUUUCUGAACAACAAAGAAAUGUCCGACGUAACUUUCUUAGUAGAAGGAAAGCUCUUUUAUGCACACAAAGUCCUGCUGGUUACUGCAUCUAACAGGUUUAAGACACUGAUGACCAAUAAAACAGAGCACGACAGCCACGGCAGCAAGACUGUUGAAAUCAGUGAUAUGAAAUACAAUAUUUUCAAGAUGCUGAUGCAGUAUUUAUACUAUGGAGGAACAGAAUCCAUGGAAAUUCCCACCACCGAUAUCUUAGAGCUGCUGUCAGCUGCCAGCCUGUUCCAGCUGGACGGGCUCCAGAGACACUGCGAGAUCCUCUGUGCCCAGACCAUCAGCAUGGACAACUCGGUGAACAUCUAUAAAUAUGCAAAGAUUCACAACGCACCCGAACUGGCCUCUUUCUGCGAGGGCUUCUUCCUCAAGCACAUGAGCUCCCUGCUGGAGCAGGACUCGUUCAGACAGCUCAUCUACAGCAGGAACAGCAAAGUGCAGGGCCUGGACCCGCUGAGGGACCUGCAGACAGCCCUGGCUGGGCGCCUGCACUCCGUGUACGUCACCUCCAGGGUGUGAGCGGGACGGGGCACUGGGACGCGUCGCCAGGAGAGCCGUGGCUGUCCUGUUUGCCUCCUGGAUCUCACUAAAGCCCCCUGCAGCAGCCACCCCCGGGCCAGGGUGCUGAGGGAGGGGGAGCUUGGCUUCUCUGUGCUGCUGCUGUCACAGAAACGCUCCUGGCACGGCACAGACGAGGGCUGGGGGUGCAAGGGAAGAACCUGAAGCGCAGAGAUCAGCACCGCUCUUUCCACAAGCACAGGGCAGGGCUGGAGAUAAAGAGGCAGUUUUACCUAGACUUGACACCUAAUACACAGGUUUAAGUGUCUACACACCACCUAGUUCAUACACAAACAGAGGUUUUCCAUGUAAAAAGGCUGCACAGAAGGAGUUUUCUGAUCCGCUGCCCAUCCGAUGAGCCAGUGCCACAGACUACUUCAGGAACACCACCAGUGUCUGUACAUGGCAACAGACUGACAGAAAUUUUCCCCUAAAACUGUUUGCACCUUGAAAGAGACAUUUUGGAUGUUGAAAGCUGAGUAGAAACUAAUACUAACAACUCUGAAAUUACUCGUUCUUUAAACCUUAUAUGAAGAACCGAGCUGGGGCAGGGAGGGCAGAGUUGGGAGGUUGUUAUGUUUUCACUGUGCUAGUUGUUAAUCUUGCUUUAUCUUGAGGAGAUAUAAAAAGACUGUCUGCCCUUUCCCUGUCAAGGUCUGAUAGUCUCAACUGCUUUCACCUUCAAACCCUGUUUCUGGACAUUAUCCGUGAGACCUCACGCCACAAAAGACACUUUCUAGAAGACUCAGGUGUAGUGAGAGCUGUGCUAAAAACUGCCCAAUUGCAUGAAUAGCAAUAAAAGUCUCCCCAAGAGGAAGCCAGAGCUCUGGAGCAGGUUGGAAUGAGCAGCUCUGAGCUCUGGACUCCCCAGCCUGGCCCCUGGAUUGCUGUCUCCACAGAUACACUACCUCAGGGGGCUGGGCACACUGCACACCUGCCAGGGUCCUGGGGCUCGGCUGCAGCCUUAAACGAGAUGCCUCGACUCCAGUGCCCAAGGUUCACGUUUUUCCUUUGUUCACAGAUGUUUCUGGUCCGAAAGGCCCUCAUCCUAGCUGAAAAAGCAGACAGUUCAAUCUACAGUUUGGAAUCUAAAGCAGUGGGGUUUUGUGUGUGUUUUUAUUUUAAAUAAUCCCAGCUGCAGGAAGGUUCAAACACAGACCUUGCUCUCACCAACAGAUUUAAUGAAAAGAACAGCUCAGCUAUUCCCACUGAGCUUUGCCUGCACCCACCAGAAGCAUUCACCAAGACCCUUUCAUUCAUUCUAGAUAAUGAAUGAAGGAGAAGAGGAAACCAAGUUUUCAGGGGAGAGCUGUUCCUUCUUAGAAAUUCAGCAAUCAAUCAAUAGUAUAAUUAAACACACUGGAAAAGAAGGAGGCUCAGCUGGGCCCAAGCUCCAAAGCACAACACAGACACAGUUUAGGUGGAUGCAGGGAAGGAGAAGGAACUGCAGCAUCUCCCAGCAAAUCCAUCAAGAGCUGACACGGCCUCAGUCCUAAAGGAUUUACACAAGAGGCAAAUUGCAUGCAAGGAUAAGGAUUUUCAGUCAGCUGACAGGUUGGUCAGGGCACACUCCCUUUGUGCUUUAGGUACACAUCUGCUUCUGAACAUCACUAGCUCCAGUAACCCUAUUUAUUAGCAGAAAGCCUUACAGGGGGUUCAAAGUUAUCACUGGUCUGAGAAAUACCACAGAAGGCUUGGAAAGUAUUUUCAAAUAGCUGCUCCAGCUACCUGUACAAAUAUGUAGGUCCUCUUUUGUUGCUGUAAUAUUACAAUGCUUUGUUAAUUGUACAUUAAUGUUGUCAUUUAUGUAAAUGUACCAGGAUUUUAUUAACAAUGUAAUUUUAAAAUACA